AUGUUUUUAUUGUUUUCAAUAUUUUUACAAGUGAAUUCGAUAAAACUCGGUUUAUUUGCAAAAAAGUACGAUUCACCUGUUCAAAGCAACUAUGGACCUCGUCCAUAUGGCGUUUCAUUUGUUGCUGGUCCCCUCUACGCGACAGGCGAGAAUUUCACAUGCAUCGAUGGAUUAAAAACCAUACCUUUUAAACAUGUGAAUGAUGACUAUUGUGAUUGUACGGAUGGCAGUGAUGAGCCUGGAACAUCAGCCUGUCCAAACGGUGUUUUUCAUUGCUUAAAUCGUGGAUUUUUUGCGGAAAAUAUUCCCUCAAGUCGAGUUAACGACCAAAUUUGUGAUUGUUGCGAUGGAAGUGAUGAAUGGAAUGGUGCAGUCCACUGUGAGAAUAAUUGUGUUCUGCUUGGAUUGGAGAGAAAGGCUAGAAAAGAACAAAGAGUACUGAUUGUUCAAAAAGGCUAUGCUAAAAGACUGAAGUUAGCAGAAGAAGCAAAAAAAUUGAAAGUAGAAAAGCAGCAAGAGAUGGACAGGUUGCAGAAUGAAUUAAAUAAUAUAACUGUUUUUCUCGCUGAAAUAGAUGAUAGAAAGAAGGAGGUGGAAAUGAAGGAACAACUCGCGAAAAAUUUCGAAAAUGCUAAAAAGCAGGCGGAAGCAAAAAUGUUUUUUGAUGACCUCGAUUUAGAUUCAGAUUUGAAAGUGACUGCUGAAGAAUUAAAAAAUUACAAAGAGUUUGACACAGAUAACGAUGGAACAAUUUUGCUAGAAGAGGAAAAAGAAAUCGCAUUCGAUAAAUUUUUCAAGAAAUUUGAAAUUCUGAAAUAUCAGUUUUUUAAAAAAAGACCGAUAUUGGAAAAAAAUCCACAAAGAAAAAUGGAAAUUACACCAGGUUUUAAUCAUGAAGAAGUUUAUGAAGAGGAUUUAAAAGAAAUGCCGGAAAAAAAUGGAACUGAUUUUGAUGAUUAUAAUGAUAAUGAUGGCGAUGAUCGUGCUUUAAAAGAUGAUUCAGCUCUAGAUGGUCCCCGUUAUAAUGAAGAAACUUUAGUUAUUAUUGCAGAAGCUGAUAGAAUACGAGAUGAGUAUAGCGAAAUGAAAAAACGAUUUGAUGAUGUGGUUUCACAAAUGAAGUACAUUUUUUGUUCAUUCAAACUUCUGUAA